AUGGCGACGACACUCGCGGGCCGCCGCCUGCUCCUCCUGCGGCGAUGGGCGGCCGGGCGGCGGCUGCUCGGCACGGCGGCGGAGGCGUCUCCGGGACCGGGCGGGGAGGAGGCGGGGGGCGAGGCGAUCUACGUGAGGAAGCCCUCGUCCUCGUCGACGCGGGACGAGACCUCGGUGUCCAUGCCCAUGUCGUUCAUGACGGGGUCCGUGGUGGGGAAGCGGUUCUACCGCGACGCCACCGUGCGCCGCGCCGACGACGGGAACGGGUGGACGGUCAUGCUGGACUACCGCACCCUCAAGACGCCGGCGAAGCGCCCGCUCAAGCUGCACUCGCGCACGCUCGCCAUGGGCGUCGCCGCCGAGUGGGAGUACCAGGAACAAGAUGGUAUCCGGCCUUUUACUAUGCCUCUUAUGAAGCUUGCUUGUACUGCACUGGAGAGAGUUCCAUUGACACGAACGAAAAUAAUUGCCAAUUUGAUGCAAAAAUUCCAUCAAGAUUUGGUAUUUUGUCGCUCACCUGCCGAUGAUGAACUUACCAAAGGAGUCUAUGAAAAACAGAAGGAGAAAAUUGACCCAAUACUGGACUGGGUCAAGACUGAGUUUGGGUUCAAGCCUGUUGUGUACACAAGUUUUUUAGGAGGGAAGCAAGAUGAGCGGCUAGUUAAGGCUGUAGAAACCGUUCUGAAGGAUGCAAAUGAUUGUGAGCUGGCAUCUAUUGAUGCUAUGGCCGCAGCAGCCCAUUCCUUGGUAAUCCCUCUCGCAAUAUUUAGAGGAAGGUUGGGAGUUGAUGAAUCCAUUGAGCUGAUCAGACUUGAAGAAGAUCACCAGGUCGAUCGAUGGGGCCUGGUUGAAGGAGGCCAUGAUGUUGAUAUUGCUGAUCUUAAAGUCCAGAUGUCAUCGGCUGUUGUGUUCCUUCAACUUUCAUGGCUGAAGUAA